ACAGAGACCCCAGUCCAGUAGGAAGCCACUCCCCCUCUACAUACAGAGAACCCAGUCCAGUAGGAAGCCACUCCCCCUCUACAUACAGAGACCCCAGUCCAGUAGGAAGCCACUCCCCCUCUACAUACAGGGAACCCAGUCCAGUAGGAAGCCACUCCCCCUCCUCUGGUGUAGAGUUCCAUGAAACAGAAAGUCAUCUUUCAUACUGCCAUUGCUUAACCUACGGGAGAGAGCACCAAAAUGGCAGAGAAUCAGGAACUGUUCUGUUGCUCCAUCUGUCUGGAUCUACUGAAGGAUCCGGUGACUACUGCCUGUGGACACAGUUACUGUGUGGGCUGUAUUAAAGAAAGCUGGGAUCAGGAUGAUCUGAAAGGUGUCUACAGCUGUCCACAGUGCAGACAGACCUUUAUCCCAAGGCCUGUUCUGAACAGGAGCACUGUGCUGACUGAAGUGGUGGAGAAACUGAAGAAGACAGGACUCCAGGCUGCUCCUCCUCCUGCUCUGUGCUAUGCUGGACCUGGAGAUGUGGUGUGUGAUGUCUGCACUGGGACCAGAAAGCAGAAAGCCCUCAUGUCCUGUCUGGCGUGUCUGGCCUCUUACUGUGAGACUCACCUCCAACCUCACUAUGAAUCUCCUGCUUUCAAGAAGCACAAGCUGGUCAAAGCCACGGCACAACUACAGGAGAAGAUCUGCUCUCAUCAUGACAAACUACUGGAGGUUUACUGUCGUACCGAUCAGCAGUGUGUCUGUCUGCUGUGUGUGAUGGAUGAACAUAAAGGCCAUGAUACAGUGUCAGCUGAGGCAGAGAGGACUGUUUCAGGGUUCAUGAAUUACAGAAAAACAUGCUGAUCAAAAUACACCAGG